AUGAGAUGCUUGCGGAAACGAUCAGCAGUGUCAUUCUUAGGAGUUCUUGUCGUUUGCUUGCUGCUCAUGAAUUUGUACAUUGAAGAUGGCUAUGUUUUGGAAGGGGACAAGCAAUUACUCAGAGAAACAGCCACACACCAGCUCAACCCAGAGCGCUAUGUUCACGCUUUUAAAGAUUUGUCUAAUUCCUCAGGAUCUAUAAACAUUUGCUAUCGCUACCUAGCUGGAACGCCUUUGCCAAGGAAAAGGUAUCUUACAAUUGGGCUAUCCUCUGUGAAACGGAAGAAAGGAAACUACUUGCUUGAGACCAUCAAGUCCAUAUUUGAGCAAUCAAGUUAUGAGGAACUCAAAGAAAUUGCAGUGGUAGUGCAACUGGCAGAUUUUGACUCAGCCUGGUGUGAAGGGAUGGUCCAGGAUAUUUCACAGAAAUUUGCACACCACAUAAUUGCAGGCAGAUUAAUAGUGAUUCACGUCCCUGAGGAGUAUUAUCCUGUACUGGAUGGUCUCAAAAGAAAUUACAAUGACCCAGAGGACCGUGUGAAGUUUCGAUCCAAACAAAAUGUAGAUUAUGCUUUUCUUCUUAACUUUUGUGCUAAUCUUUCUGACUAUUAUGUGAUGCUAGAAGAUGAUGUUCGGUGCUCAAAGAAUUUUUUUACUGCUGUUAAGAAAGUAAUUACCUCACGAGAAGGGUCGUACUGGGUGACUUUGGAAUUCUCCAAACUGGGUUACAUUGGAAAGCUUUACCAUUCCCAUGACCUCCCACGCCUGGCCCAUUUUUUAUUGAUGUUCUACCAAGAAAUGCCUUGUGAUUGGCUCCUUAUCCACUUUCGUGGGCUGUUGGCUCAAAAGGAAGUGAUACGUUUUAAGCCAUCUCUGUUCCAGCACAUGGGAUACUACUCAUCUUACAAAGGAGCUGAAAAUAAAUUAAAGGAUGAUGAUUUUGAAGAGGAAUCAUUUGAUAUCCCUGACAACCCACCUGCAAACUUACACACCAACAUGAAUGUAUUUGAAAACUAUGAGGCAAGCAAGGCUUACAGCAGCAUUGAUGAGUACUUCUGGGGAAAAGCUCCUUCUACUGGAGACUUCUAUGGGAUUGUAUUUGAAAAGCCCAUUAAAAUCAGUAAAAUUAAAGUAAUCACUGGAACUGAAGACCGGCAAAAUGACAUUUUGCAUCAUGGGGCCCUGGAAGUAGGAGAAAAGAUUGUAGGGAAUAAAAGUGGGAGACAAUGCACCACUUACUUGAGAUUAGGGGAAUUCAAAAAUGGGAAUAUUGAAAUAACAGAUGUAGAGCACAAAGUUCUGUUUGAUAUUAACUGCAUGAGAAUACUUGUCACCAAAAGUCAAAAAGAAUGGCUGAUCAUUAGGAGCAUUAGCGUCUGGACUUCUCAAACACCAAAUCAAUAAAGUAAGGCCACCUGAGAAGGCACAGAAUGCAUACAGUCAGCUGGGUCCCAGCUGGUCCCAUUCCUUAGAAAAACUGACAUUUCCAGCUCUUCAGUAAAGACACAAAAAAUCUGGAAAAAUCACAAAGCAAGCAAAGCAAUUUAUUUUUUACUAGCUUGGCCAGGCAAUAUACAAACAUUUGUUGAAUUUUUUGAAUUUUAUAGCAAAUGCAGUUCUCAAACCUCACUUGAGAUCUUGAAACCCUUUUUUAUUAACAUUUCUCUGUGAAAGAGAUCAUUUGGAGUAAACAGAACUAAACAAAACACCCUAUAAUUACCAAAAGUUUUAAAGCUAUGACCAGUUUGUUGUGAAAAGAAAUAAGAUUGCACUUUAUGCACAUAUAAGUUUAAAAUGUUGUGGUAGUAUGCAUUUGUACAAUAGCUGGUGAUGUGCUUCUUUUAAAGGCGGUUGUGACAAGGAAAUCUGCCCUGAAACUGGCAGUUUCAUUGUGAGCACUGUAAGAAAAUAGCGUGGCUAAUCAUUGCAGCUCCUUUUCAAAAGGGAAUGUAUGUAAAAUUAUAAAUCUGACAUGACAACUAUGUAUAAAAUACAUAAUUGCAUCUGUUA